AAGGUUCACGGAGGCGCAGUGGGUCUAGGCCUAGAAGUCCAAGGAGGCGCAGUGGGUCUAGGCCCAGAAGUCCAAGGAGGCGCAGUGGGUCUAGGCCCAGAAGUCCAAGGAGGCGCAGUGGGUCUAGGCCCAGAAGUCCAAUGAGGCACAGAUUUCAGUCUAGAAGCCCAAAGAGACGCAGUCAGUCCACAUCUAGAGUCCCAAGUCCUCCAAGUUCCCCCAACAGAUCCCGUCAAUCCYYGUCUCCACAGCACCAGGGCAGGAGGACCAGCCUCUGCCUGUCUAAAGACAGGGCCAGGCCCAGAGAGGCCCAGAGACCAGGGGAGCCCAAAGGUGUUCCCCAGCCCCGCAGMUCCUCCUCUUCUUCCUCCAGCUCCUCCUCUUCCUCUAGCUCCUCCUCCUCUUCUUCAUCCUCAUCCUCACCCUCACCACCACAGGAGAGGAAGGAGGCCAAAGUACCAUCAGAGAGGGACUCGAGGUCUGACAAACAGGAAGAGAAGUCCAACAGACAGUCGUCUUUGUCUCAGGCUUCUUCCAGAGACCCCUUCCAWGUUCCAGUUCCAGGAAGGAGAGGGUCCCCGUCAGACCCCCGCCGCUCUAACUCAGGCACCAGUGUGUCCACGUCAGAGUCACGACCUUCUGGGUCAGCCAGGAGAGGCUCGCCCUCAGACCUGAGGAGCUCCAACGGGACAGCUGGAAGGGCCCCAGCAGACAGCAGACAGGUGUCACAUGGUCCCAGUAAGAGGCCGUCCUCACCAGCAGCCCAGCAGCAGCCUGACAAAGCGCCCAGUAAACACAGAGCUGUGAACGGGAAGGAACAGGCCAACAGGAGCAGGAGCUCCAGUUCUUCUUCAUCCUCCUCCUCUUCCUCUKCCUCUGACAGCUCUGACUCUGAGGCAGAGCAGGACAAACGAAAAUCAGUGAGAAGCCAACGCUCUGAUUCCUCCUCAUCCUCAUCCAGUGAUGAAAAGGACUCAAAGAACAACAGUCCUGCCAGGCCUCCCCGGGUCCCAGCUGAUUCUCUCAGAGACUCUCGGUCCCUCAGUUAUUCUCCUCAGAGACCUGUGAGAGCUGCAGCCUCUUCUCCCCAUGCCAGCAGGAGGAGGAGAUAAAGCUCAGACCCCAGCUGCUCCCCCAGACCCCAGAGCCCGGACCCCAGAGCCCAGACCCCAGAGCCCGGACCCCAGAGCCCGGACCCCAGAGCCCGGACCCCAGAGCCCGGACCCCAGAGCCCGGACUGCAGCCUGAGCUGAAACCAGACAUUACAGGGG